AUGACAGGGAGGGAAAUCACCAAGCCAAAACACCUCAUUACGGAUCUUGAGAACCUGCGGCCUGAUUAUGGGAAAUUUAUCGCUGAACCGCUUGAGCGAGGAUUUGGAACGACUAUUGGUAACUCGCUUCGACGUGUCCUGCUUUCUUCGAUUCAAGGCGCGGCUGUUAUAGCUGUUGCUAUUGAUGGAGUGAAGCAUGAGUUCUCGACGCUUGACGGGAUGAAAGAGGAUGUUACUCAGGUUCUUCUUAACCUUAAAGAAAUUCGACUCCAAGUUGAUACGGAUGAGGUUAUCACCUUGGUUUUAUCCGCAGAAGGCUCCGGCAACAUUACAGCAGCAGAUAUUCAACCGAACGGACAGGUUGAAAUCAUCAACCCGGACCAACAUAUUGCAACGCUCGACAAGUGCGAUGGUUUGAAUAUGGAAAUCCAAGUUUGUCGAAGCAGAGGAUAUGAGUUCGGGGAAGAGCAUCUGAACUAUAAUCAACAGAUCGGAGUUAUCCCGGUCGAUUCCAAGUUUUCACCAGUUAGAAAAGUCAAUUUCGUGGUUGAAGAAACACGGGUUGGACACAUGACGGACUAUGACCGGCUUAUCCUAGAAGUGUGGACAGAUGCGAGUAUCACUGCGAAAGAAGCGGUUACACAAGCCUCGGGCAUUUUGCUAGAGCAAUUUAGGCUCUUUAGCGAUUUCGAUGAAACCUACGUGGAACCAGUCGAGGAAGUCAACGAAGAAGAACUCCAGCGUGAGAAAUGGCUAUCGAAGCCUGUUGCGGAACUCGAACUUUCGGUGCGAUCCGCCAAUUGUCUGGAAGCUGCGAAGAUCACAACCAUCCGAGACCUCGUGAUCAAGACUGAGCAAGAGAUGUUGAAAUUUCGUAAUUUCGGCAGAAAAUCCCUGAACGAAAUUAAGGACAUUCUUUCGGAGAUGGGACUUUCUUUAGGGAUAACCCUUGGCAACGAUAAUUGA